AAGUGUCCGUAGUGUAUGAAUGUGAUUGUACCUUGCGCUGGAUUGGCACUCUGUCCAGGGUGUACCCCCCUUGUGCCCCAGUGCCUCCUGGGAUAGGCUCCAGGUUCCCCGAGACUCUGUAGGAUAAACGGUAAAGAAGGGUGUCCUGACCACUGGAGAGACAACGCAGGCAAAUGCUCUUGGCAUCCAGUCCAUGAAGACAUCCCUGCUGAAAAAAAAACCCAACAGAAACCCUCAUAGAAUUUGUAAUGGUUUUAAUGGUUAUAAAGGUAAUUGUAUUGGUUUUAACGGAAGCUGUAAUGUCCCAGUCGGUCUCUACUGGUAAUUUGUUGCGUUCUAUUGGUGACAUGUUACAGUAUGUCUAGUGGAUACCAUUACGCUCUAUAAACACUGGGUUAAAAACAACCCAAAUGGGGUUAUUUUCAGUGCAACAGCUACACAUUUCGGUCUAAACUAACGCCUUCAAGUUGGGUUGUUCACUGUAACCCAGCAAACGGGUCAUUUUUCAACCUACCUGAUGGGUUCAUUUUUACAAAAAGUGCUGUGUGGAUUUUAUUUCAUAAAUGUGUUCAUAUUCCCAGGAUUAUUUUUAACCCUUUGAAAAUGUUGAAUGUACCACAUUAUAAACAAAUACGUCAACAUGGCGUCUCCUUUAUUCAUACACACCGAGGGACUCAGAAAUGUAUUGCUACUGUAGAGCCGCUAAAGUGGUGUUUAUAUGUAGACUUUGAUGUAAACGACUCAAAUAAUUUGUGUAUUUAAGACGUAAACGUCAGAUUUCGAUGAAAGGAGACAUGUAAAACGUUUAAAACCUCCGAUUCAAUACUCUACCAAGAAUCACCACAACAGGCUCCAUAUUACUAACACGUGGAACUAGUACAUGUUUCAUCUGAGAACUGGAGAACCAACAAAGAAAAUAGAAAGCAAGACGAACAGGAUCACCGCGGUGUGUUGGUGUGAUGUGCUGAUGAUGGGUUUGUUUGAAUGCAGUUAUCAUGUUCCUUGCUGUAGCUGCAUGGAGUGAAAUUUCAGAUGUUGUUUAUGUUCGUGACCUGAUGGAGUGCAAAAGCAAUCUUUUGUCGCUGUUGCUCCAGCAUACAGGCUGCUUGAGUAUAAAAAGCAGGCUGGAGAGGCGCACUGAGUACAGAGCAUCUCCAACUGAGAGAGUGAGUAUUAGAGAUCUGAGUCGAUCACGUCAUCCUCACUGAUGUCCCCUGCACCGAAUGACAUGGAGUCAGCGGAUAUCCAGAGCGCCCCGGUGCCGGGUAUACAACCUGGACACGCGCCCGACUUCCUCCCGAGCUCCUCCAACGUUUUACUGACCGGCCUGGGGCUCGGGGGACUCGGUGGACUCGGAGUAGCGGCCACCAUCUCCAAAGCGGGAAUGGGAGUGCAGAGACUGGCCGCGGCGCAGCUCAUAAAGCGGCGGGAGAAGCAGGCGAGGGCGGCGGAGGAGAGGAACCAGACGGCGGCUGUGCUGCGCGCUAAGGAGGCUCUGAGCUCCGGGCCGAAGCCGCAGAACUGCAGGAGGCUGGUGGUGCUCGGAGGGCCGCGCGUCGGGAAGACGGCCAUCCUGCGGCGCUUCCUGCGGGACGGUUUCAACGAGCAGUACGAACCCACACGAGAGGACUUCCACCGCAAAGUGUACAACAUCCGCGGGGAGACUUACCAGAUAGACAUCCUGGACGCAGCCGGAGAGAGAGACUUCCCCGCCAAGCGCAGACUCUCCAUCCUCACCGGUGAUAUCUUCCUGCUGGUGUUCAGCGUGGAUGACCGCAGCUCGUUUGACGAAGUGUGUUCCCUGCGCUCCGAGAUCUCAUCAGCCAAGGCGGCGCUGUUGCGCUCGAAGGCACGUGUGACGAACGUUCCCGUGGUGGUGUGCGCGAACAAGGUGGACCUGCCGGUCGAGCAACAUGCCGUGUCGCGCACAGAGGCCCUGAGGACGUUCGCGGACGGCUGCGCGCUCUACGAGACGUCCGCCAAAGACAGCAAAAACCUGGAGGAGGCGUUCGCGGCGCUGGCCGAGCGAGGCGGGCUGCCACUCGAGACCGGGCCGUCUCGCCACCGCAAGCUCUCGAUACGCUCGUACCACGCCAUGCUGCGUGCGGCACGUCAGCGUGGUGGCGACACUCCGUGCGGUGCGGUGCACCCGCUUGCACGCAGACCCAGCUUCGGGACAGACUUGCAGCUCGCACUCGCCUCACGUGAGGAACAAACACAGAGCAUGAAGCUGAGCAAAGCCGUGACGCAUCCAGCCUGCCCCAUCCAGUGACCGGGACUUUAUUUCAAUUUUAUUUAUUUAUUUUGUCAUUCAAAAUCCGCAUUCUCCGAAUUUCCAUGACAGCUUUUACGAAUUUUAUUCUCAUGAACAAUUCAGUCUAAUGUAGCAUCCUUGGAGUCAUAACCACUCCAUCAUCUUCCAUUCAUUUUCUUUUUCAUUUCCAUGUUGUGAAUGUUUAGUACGUGACUU